AACAAAGGUUUUGAUUCGUUAGCUACUAACCUUAGUAUAAAACCAGCAAAACUUUCUCAUUUGAAUUAGUAACACACAGGGUCAGCAAACGAAAAAGACACAAAGACAAAAUGAGGGAAAUCGUACAUUUACAAGCCGGACAGUGCGGAAACCAAAUUGGUGCCAAGUUUUGGGAAGUCAUCUCAGACGAGCACGGUAUCGACCCUACAGGAACCUACCAUGGAGAUUCAGAUUUACAAUUAGAAAGAAUCAACGUAUACUACAAUGAGGCUACAGGUGGCAAAUAUGUACCCCGUGCAAUCUUGGUCGAUUUGGAGCCCGGAACCAUGGACUCUGUCAGAUCUGGACCAUUCGGUCAAAUCUUCAGACCAGACAACUUUGUUUUCGGACAGAGUGGUGCUGGAAACAACUGGGCCAAGGGACAUUACACAGAGGGAGCUGAACUUGUAGACUCUGUUCUUGAUGUAGUCAGGAAAGAGGCUGAAAGCUGUGAUUGUCUUCAGGGAUUCCAACUUACACACUCACUUGGAGGUGGAACCGGAUCAGGAAUGGGAACACUCCUUAUCUCCAAAAUCCGUGAAGAAUACCCAGACAGAAUCAUGAACACAUUCUCAGUUGUACCAUCACCAAAAGUAUCAGACACAGUCGUUGAACCAUACAAUGCCACACUCUCCGUACAUCAAUUGGUAGAAAACACAGAUGAAACAUACUGUAUCGACAACGAGGCUCUUUACGAUAUCUGCUUCAGAACCCUCAAACUGACCACACCAACAUACGGUGAUCUUAACCAUCUUGUCUCUGCAACUAUGUCCGGUGUCACUACUUGUCUCCGAUUCCCAGGUCAGUUAAACGCUGAUCUACGAAAACUUGCAGUCAACAUGGUACCCUUCCCACGUCUCCAUUUCUUCAUGCCAGGAUUCGCUCCCCUGACAUCACGUGGUAGCCAACAGUACAGAGCUUUAACUGUACCAGAACUCACACAACAGAUGUUCGAUGCCAAAAAUAUGAUGGCAGCUUGCGAUCCCCGUCACGGCAGAUACCUCACAGUUGCUGCCAUGUUCAGAGGACGUAUGUCCAUGAAGGAGGUCGACGAACAAAUGUUGAACGUACAGAACAAGAACAGCAGCUACUUCGUUGAAUGGAUCCCCAACAACGUCAAGACAGCCGUCUGUGACAUUCCACCACGUGGUCUUAAGAUGUCCGCCACAUUUAUUGGUAACAGCACUGCCAUCCAGGAACUCUUUAAGAGAAUAUCAGAACAAUUUACCGCUAUGUUCCGUCGUAAGGCUUUCUUGCAUUGGUACACUGGCGAGGGUAUGGACGAGAUGGAAUUCACAGAAGCCGAAUCCAACAUGAACGAUUUGGUCUCAGAAUACCAACAAUACCAAGAUGCAACAGCAGAAGAGGAAGGAGAAUUCGAAGAGGAAGAAGGAGAAGAGGAAGCUUAAACAUUUCCUCCAGCUCAAUGAACUUUUAAUCUGUUACUUUCAAUCUCUUAUUCUUGACAAAUCUUGAAAUCCUACAUUCAGUCAUGAACUUUGAACUCUUUCUGUUGUUAUGACGUAUUGAAAUAUAUUAUUCCAGUAUGUUACUUUUGCUUAUUGCAAUCAGUUGUAGCUGGGUCUACAAUCCAAAUUAAAACAAAAUUACUACUUA